AUGGCCUUAUUCCGGAGUAGCAACAUGAGAAGUGGAGACUAUUUGGAAGGAGUGCUGAGUGAUUAUGUUGGGGGAAAGGCGAAAUUGAGGGCACAAAAGAAUGGAUCAGCUCGACUUGUAACGGUUUUAACUUGCUUACAGUUUUCCUUUGCAUGUUAUGCUACAUUGCUGUUGUAUUUCAUGAGUCCUUCGAUAGACUUGGGAACAAAACCUGACUUUUCAUGGGCGACGCGCAUUGCGCAUCAAUGGAAACAUUAUAUGAUCACACCCCAUAUAGUGAGUCAUUACCAAGAAGCCAAUUCCCUUAUUAGAGCUGAAGUCCAACCAAUUAGUCCAUCUCAAGUUUGUGAGCACGAAAAGAUUGAUUUUGUGCAAAAGAAGUCAAAUGAUGCAGUGAUGAUCAAAUUGAAGAGGGAUCUUUACAAAGAAGUGUUAGAUUUCCAAAGCAAGACUGUUGGGACUGAGACACUAGCUGAGCUAAUGGCAAUGAAGUCUAAGUGGGAUUUGCGUGGACAGAAUAUCCCAAAAAUUACCGUUAUUUUAAACCAUUUUAAGCGCAAAACGUUAUGCGCUCAACUAGAUUCUUUGCUUCACCAGACCCUUCCGUUUCAUCAUGUUUGGGUACUUUCAUUCGGGAGUCCAAGCGAGCAAUCCUUGAAACGAAUUGUAGAUAGCUACAAUAACUCAAAAAUCAGUUUCAUUAGUUCGAGUUAUGAUUUUAAGUACUAUGGGAGAUUCCAAAUGGCAUUACAGACAGAAGCCGACCUUGUGUAUAUCCUCGAUGAUGACAUGAUACCUGGCACGAAAAUGUUACAAAUUUUAUCGCAUGUAGCCGGGACAGAGAAGUACAAGAACUCUGUUCUGGGCAGUAUCGGGAGGAUUUUGCCUUUUCGACAGAAGGACUUUACUUUCCCGAGCUAUAGAAAGUUUCGAUCAAAGGAGGCAGGUCUUUAUUUGCCUGAUCCUGCUUAUGACAUCACAAUUGACAGGGUUGUUCAGGUCGACUUUCUUUCUAGCUCUUGGUUUUUGUCUGCAGAGCUUGUCAAAACACUUUUCACUGAGACGCCAUUCACUUUCAUGACCGGAGAAGACCUGCACUUGAGUUAUCAGCUUCAGAAGUACAGAGAUGCCGGUUCAUUCGUGUUGCCUGUUGAUCCAAAGGAUAAAGAAACAUGGGGUGAUAGUGAGCACAGGCUUGCAUAUGUAUCUGAAACCACAGUGAUUUUCAAAGGAAUUGUUCAAGUUAGAGAUGACCAAUGGUGGAAAGCCCUCUCAACCGGUUAUGUUACACAGUGGGCAGCUAUGUAUCCUCAGAAGAUUGAUGCACUCUUCUAUGCUCACUCCAUUGAAGAAGUUAAAGCACUCACCCCACUUCUCAAAAAGUUCAGGUCCACUUUUGGCAAAAAGGCUUACAUUGUCGUCUCGGGAGGCAAUUUCUGCCCUUGUGAAGAUGCUGCUGCAACUUUGAGUUGGCCUAAAGCAGUAUGUAAUGAAAGAAGAUUCAAGAUUUUUGAUUUGGGAAUUGGUGCCUUAUCAGGGCAUUCAAAGUCAGAGGUGCCUAUUUUACAAGCAGUGUAUGCUAGCAUGAAAGGACUGAUCAAAAUUCACAACCCGAGCGUGGUGAUAACUGUAGCUGAUAUAGAUUCAAACGUUAAAAAAGCUUUGAAGAUGGCAUCGGAAUCCAAUGUAAAUGGCUCAAAAUUGGUUCUUUUACCAAAACCAUCUGUGUCUAAAGUUCUCUGGAUGGCUGAUAUAAGGUCCACAGCGUUGCCAAAUUGGAACAGGAUGCGAAUUUCUGUAAAUAUAAUCACUCAGAACCGUGCUCAUUCUCUUACAAGGCUAUUGAACUCUCUAAAAAAUGCGUACUAUGUUGGAGAUGAGAUUCCUAUCUCCUUCAACAUGGAUAGCAAAGUCGAUGAGGAGACUUUAAAGCUCGUGAAUUCCUUCGAUUGGCCUCAUGGGCCUAAAAUUCUUCGUAGAAGAAUCAUACAAGGAGGACUCAUUCGAGCUGUCAGUGAAAGCUGGUACCCCACGACAGAUGAUGACUUUGGGCUCUUGCUCGAAGAUGAUAUCGAGGUAUCUCCUUACUACUACCUCUGGAUCAAAUAUACUCUUUUGGCAUACCACUAUGAUCCUCAGAUUUCUCUGCCUCAACUCUCAUCGAUCUCCCUAUACACCCCUCGUUUGGUAGAAGUCGUGAAAGAAAGGCCUAAAUGGAAUGCAACGGAGUUCUUCAAGCACAUUCAUCCAAACACGCCUUAUCUUCAUCAGUUACCUUGCAGUUGGGGUGCAGUAUUCUUCCCCAAGCAAUGGAGAGAAUUCUACGUAUACAUGAACAUGAGAUUCACCAAAGAUGCGAAGCAGAACCCUGUCCAAAUCCCGAGAUCAAGAACGAAUGGUUGGCAAGCUUCUUGGAAAAAGUUUCUGAUAGAUAUGAUGUACCUCAGAGGCUAUGUUAGCCUCUAUCCAAACUUUCCAAAUCAACAAAGUCUUUCGACCAAUCAUAUGGAACCCGGGGCUCAUAUCAGUGCAGAAGACAACGUUGUGAAGCAUGACAAGACAGAUUUCGAGGUGCCCUUGUUGAAACAAGACUUCAAAACCUUAUUGCCUAAUGGAAAAUUUCCUCCAGCUUCAAAAUUGCCAUCGCUUAACCUCUUCAAUCAAGCUGUUUCUUUGAAAGGUUUGAAGGCCGCCGGUGCAAAGCUGAGGCAGGAUGUGCUUGAAUGCAAUCCAACAGAAGUAGUGGCAGUCAAUCACGAAACAGGUCUACCUUCACAUUGUGCAAGUUUCUGA